UGCGCUUAGCAACAAGCAACAACAAACAUUCUGUUCAUUAUUCAUCCCGCCGGGCCGGCCGGCAAACCAGUCUUUCGUUCCAAACCACCAAGCGAAGUCAUUCAGUCAGUUACUGUUCAUAGCAACAGCGGGAGUGUUGAUAUUGUUGUUUUAAAUCAGUUUAUAUUCGCUUUUUUCUCCUCAUUUUAUUAAUAGAAAAUGCCGAAGGCAGUGUUCCACUAUUUUCCCGUGAAGGCUUUGGGCGAACCCGUCCGCUUGCUGCUUGCGUAUGGCGGUCAGGAGUUCGAGGAUGACCGUAUUCCGUCUGACAAGUGGCCAGAAUACAAACCAAAAACACCAUUUGGCCAGAUGCCUGUGCUGGAGUUGAACGGGAAGGUAUACGCUCAGAGCAUAGCCACCUCCCGGUAUCUGGGCCGCAAGUACGGGCUGGCUGGUGCUGAUAUCGAGGAAGACUUCCUCAUCGACCAGUACGUGGACUUCCUUAAUGACAUCCGCGCAAAGGCAGCUACCGUCCACUACGAGCCUGACGCGGCGCUCAAGGCCAAGAAACACGAGGAGAACGCCAAGAACCUGUACCCGGUGUUGCUCGGAAAGCUGGAUGACAUCAUCCGGAAGAACAACGGGCACCUCGUAGCUGGCAAGUUAACAUGGGGGGAUUUCGUGUUCGCGGGAAUGUACGAUUAUCUCAAGGCGAUGCUGCAGUCCCCAGACUUGGAUACAAAGUACCCGAGCUUCAAGAAGUUGCAGGAUACAGUACUGUCCUUGCCUAAAGUGAGGGAGUACGUCGCUGCUGCGCCACCUACUGAGUUGUAAGAGGUUUACAGUGGAGGAGUAAGGAUUCUUUAUUGUUACAGCUGAGGUUUAUUUGCUGUCUUAAAUAAUAUGUAGAUGGAGCGUCACAAAAUGACCCAUAAACGGUCAGCUAACUGUUAUUUAACAUGUCGUUUAUCUUUAGAUUAUUCUUGUUUUAGAUCAGUCGUUCUAAAAUCUAAAAUUACACGGUGAUCAAGUAUUGUGCAAAUCGUCUGUGUAAGUAGCGUUUAAAUGUUUAAUUUUUUAAUAUUCUGCACGCUAUUUGAACAAUGUGCCCUAAAUGUUUGAUUCUAUAACACUAAUUAAGAUCUGUUUCAAACAUAUUUAUGCAAAUAAUAUUAUUAAUAUUACAAUAAAAUUACAAACAGAAUGAAAAAAAAAAAAUAUAGAUAACAUAAUAAAUAUAAGUAAAUAAAAUGAAGCUAAAAAUCACAAUUUAAAAGAUCAUUACUAUAUAUUGCGAAAAGCGCGCCAAUAAGUUU